AUGGGGACGCAGGUGCAAGGUUCUGAGGCUGAGACCCUGAGGCUGUGGUGGGAGUGGCUUGCCCAGUGCUGCCAGGCGCAUUUCCUGCUUCAGCCUAAGGCCGAGUGUCAUUUCUACAACGGGACGGAGCAGGUGCGGUACCUGGAGAGAUACUUCUACAACAGGCAGGAGUAUGUGCACUUCGACAGCGAUCUGGGGGAGUACCGCGCGCUGACCGAGCUGGGCUGGCCUGAUGAGAAGGACUGGAACAGCCAGGAGGACCUCAUGGAGCAGAAGCGGGCAGCGCUGAACAAGUUCUGCAGACACAACUACUGGGUGUCUGAGGGAUUCUCAGUGCAGCGGAAAAGGACCUUCCAGACCCUGGUGAUGCUGGAGACAGUUCCCCGGAGCGGGGAGGUCUACACCUGCCAAGUGCGGCACCCCAGCAGCACCAGCCCUGUCACCAUGGAAUGGAGGGCCCAGUCUGGAUCCGCACAGAGCAAGGUGCUGAGUGGAGCCGGGGGCUUCUUGCUGGGGCUGCUCUUCCUCGGGGCAGGGUUGCUCAUCUACUUCAGGGCUCAGAAAGGACACUCUGCACUUCAGCCCACAGGUAACCCUCUUGAGAGCUUAUUUGGAGGUUCUAGCAGGGGAGAGCCGCCUCGGGCUCUGGCUGAGUUCUGGCUCCUGUCCUGCAGCAGCUCCUCCCUGCUGGUUCCUCCUGCCCUGGACCUGGAGGCCCCAGUGUUGACUGCAGACCCUUAG